GCCCUGCGCACCUUCACGGAGCGCAGCCGCGCCUGCCGCAUCCUGCUGGAGGCCGUGGCGCGCAACCUGCCGCGGUCGGAGGUGGCGGACCAGAUGUGCAUGUUCAGCGAGCUGGACGCGGACAACAACGGGGUAGUGGACUACGAGGAGCUGCGGCUGGCGGUGCAGAAGGUGCACCCUGAGCUAGGCGACCAGGAAGUGAGGUGCCUGUUCAGAGGCAUCGAUGUGGACGACUCAGGGCACAUCGACAUGACAGAAUUCGUGGCCGCAACCAUACCCUCGCUCACACCCAAACGCCAGGAGGAGCUGAUACGCACCUCUUUCCUGAGGUUGGACCGCACGGGCAGCGGCUUCAUACCGAAGGAGGAGCUCAUGCACGCACUGUGUCAGGGUCUGGGCAGAGACCAGAACAGCUGUGAGCAAGCAGAGAUAGAGACCCAGCUUGAGGCUAUGGACUCGAAUAAAGAUGGAAAGAUCAGUGUUGAGGAGUUCCAGUGUGCUGUGGUUGAUCAAGAUAUGCGCCUCUUUUCCGGGGAGCAAAGCUGGGUGGCUUCAUGA